AUGGCCAAAAGUAAGCUUAAUUAAAAGCUAUUAUCCAACAUAUUAGCUUAAUUAAGUCUGUUUGCCACAUACGCAUAUACAGAGUUAUGCAGACAACCUGAAGAUGAGCAGGACAGAGAGUUUUCUUGGGGUUGGAACAGUUCUCAAUGGAGAAGGGACCCAAAGUGGGCAGCCUUCUACCUGAAGUUGGGUAGUUCCCUGCUGAAGUCCCCACCACGUGCAGCCUAUAAUUUUAUGUUUGACUUGGCAUUCAUUUUUCAUGUCCCUCUAACAGACUGCUGUGUAUGUGUAGAAGAGAAGGCACCUGACUUCUGUUUGGGAAGAAACUUCCGUUUUUCUUAUGGAACCCCAAGAGUAUAAACAGACAAGUUCCUCUCACAUCUUAAAUAGCUUGCUAUUGUAUUGUGUUACCUGAUUUUUUUUUUUUUUUUUUAACUGAAAUAGUUGACAGGAUUUCUUGGGUUGCUGCUGCUUCCGCUGGGGACCUCUGUGGCUGGUGGUGCCCCUACCCAGGCCUUGCUUGGCUCUGGGCUUGCCGCUGGAGGUACUCCACCCACCUAGCCCAGCAGACCACACUCACCAUGGGAUCUGGGCUUAGCCCAUGGCUGGGCUGCGCCUGCCACAGCCUGCUUCCACCGUCAGCAUCAGUGUCUGGGUGAGGGGAAUGUGGUGGCUCCUGAAAACUUGGAGCUGCCAGGAACUCAGAGCCCCAAGGACAUCACAGCUUCAUCGUUCCCAUGGCCAGUGGGCUGAGCUCGACAGCAUGGAUAUCAGCACUUGUUUCCUUCAGUUUCCUGAAGCCCCCAUGUCCUCAGAACAGAGGAGGCACCCAAUGCCUGCAGAAGCCCACAUCCCUCACCAGGGACCAAGUGACCUGACCCUCACCUGGAGGACCUUCACCUUCACCUCUCACCUGGAGGAUGCACUCACCUGGAGGACCCCGCUCACCUUGGGGACCCCCUCCCACCUGUAGGAUCCUCUCACCUGGACAACCUUCACCUGAAGGACCCCCCUACCUGUAGAACCUCCCCACCGGAAGGACCCCUCACCUGAGGGACAGGCCCCCCCACCUAGAGGAUCCUCCCACCUAGAGAAUCGUCACCUGGAAGACCUUCUCAUCUGAAGGACCCCCCCCCAAAAAAAAAACUGGAGAACCUCCCCACCUGAAGGUCUCCCACUUGGGGGACCCUGUCACCUGGAGGACCCCCUAACCUGGAAGACCUUCACCUGGAUAAUUGCCAUGACCUCCCACUCUGGCGCAGCCUGGUCAGGUGCCCGGGCUUCAUCAUAAAAUAAGGCCCGAACCGCAGCAAUCCGAGCAGGUCCCCGGAGCUGAGCGCCUAAGGCUGACCCGCGGGAGCGUCUCUUGCUGGGGCGAUGCCGGAGUGUGAAGGAGUUUGAGAAGCUGAACCGGAUUGGAGAGGGCACCUACGGCAUCGUGUAUCGGGCCCGGGACACCCAGACAGAUGAGAUUGUUGCGCUGAAGAAGGUGCGGAUGGACAAGGAGAAGGAUGGCAUCCCCAUCAGCAGCCUGCGGGAGAUCACACUGCUGCUCCGCCUGCACCACCCGAACAUCGUGGAGCUGAAGGAGGUGGUUGUGGGGAACCACCUGGAGAGCAUCUUCUUGGUGAUGGGUUACUGUGAGCAGGACCUGGCCAGCCUCCUGGAGAAUAUGCCAACACCCUUCUCGGAGGCCCAGGUCAAGUGCAUCGUGCUGCAGGUGCUCCGGGGCCUCCAGUACCUGCACAGGAACUUCAUCAUCCACAGGGACCUGAAGGUCUCCAACUUGCUCAUGACUGACAAGGGCUGCGUGAAGACAGCGGAUUUUGGCCUGGCCCGGGCCUAUGGCGUCCCAGUAAAGCCGAUGACCCCCAAGGUGGUCACUCUCUGGUACCGAGCCCCCGAGCUGCUGCUGGGAACCACUACGCAGACCACCAGCAUCGACAUGUGGGCCGUGGGCUGCAUCCUGGCCGAGCUGCUGGCCCACAAGCCCCUUCUCCCCGGCACUUCCGAGAUCCACCAGAUUGACUUGAUCGUGCAGCUGCUAGGAACGCCGAGUGAGAACAUCUGGCCGGGCUUUUCCAAGCUGCCACUGGUUGGCCAGUAUAGCCUUCGGAAGCAGCCGUACAACAACCUGAAGCACAAGUUCCCAUGGCUGUCGGAGGCCGGGCUGCGCCUGCUGCACUUCCUGUUCAUGUACGACCCUAAGAAAAGGGCGACCGCUGGGGACUGCCUGGAGAGCUCCUACUUCAAGGAGAAGCCCCUGCCCUGUGAGCCGGAGCUCAUGCCCACCUUUCCCCACCACCGCAACAAGCGGGCUGCUCCGGCCACCUCCGAGGGCCAGAGCAAGCGCUGCAAGCCCUGACGGCGGGCCUGGCUCAUGCCUGCAUCCCACAGCCAGAUCUUCAGAUCGGCGGUGUCUGUGAAGGGUGCUGUGAUCCAGGCUCACUAGGCAUCUGGGAUCUGGCUGGUCCCCUUGACUGGGACCAUCCUCCAGUGACCAUCCCACUGUCUUCCCCUGAACCCACUGCUGCCCUAGAAACAAGGCUUGGAUGCAGGGCAAAGCUUCAGGGGCUUCCAGCCUGUGCACCCUGGAAGGGUGGGUCUGGUAGCUUCGUCCCUAGCUGCAGGGGUCUCAUGCGGCUCUCCAGCCUCACUGUGUUGGAAGCAUGGGACCCUGCUUCUUGGGAGGAGUGGCCAGUGCAGUUCCCUCUGGUGUCUUGGAGUCGUGGAGGACACUGGCUUGGGAGGAGCAGACCCCAGAAGACCACCUUCUCCUCUUUCAGUCGUCAGGAGCUGCCCCCUGCAUGGGUCAGCUCUGGUGACCCCAGGUGGGCCUGCCAGGACUCCAGAUGAGAACAAGAGGGACGAGGUGUGGUGUGCGGGCCACAAGUGAGGAUGCCCCAGGAGAGCCCUGGGAAGGGGGCUCAGUUGCAUCCCACUCCUCACACAGCGGCCCCAACGCUGAUGUUGAGAGGUUUGGUAGGCUCUGGUCGGAUAAAAACUUUCUUAAAA